AUGGCCACUAUCGCAGCUUCCGGCUCUGUCACACCCAGCGUCGCAGCGCUACGAGCGCGCCGCCUCCAGGCUACCCAUCGCCGCGUUCUCACCAACCCCUCCCUAGUCGCUGUGCGUCUCCCAGCACACAGAGGCUCCACAUCCCUCUCCACAUCUACCAACCGUUCCGCAAUCUCGCACCUAUCCAUCCGUGCAGACUCCGCAAAUCCCUCCACACCCGAGCCUACCACCUCUCCCGCACCUUCCGCCAGCCCCGGGUUCGGACUCGGAGGUCCGGGAACCUGGUUCGGAUUCGGGCAGCUGCAGGAGCUCAGCGUCGGGCGCCUCGCGAUGGUCGGUUUCGCGAGCGCGCUGACAAUGGAAGUCCUCACAGGCAAGGGCGUGUUCGGUCAACUCGGAAUUGACCCUCUCGCGAUCCGCUUCCCGUUCCUUGCGGGACUCACGUUUCUCCUUCUCGGAGGACUACUGGGCGGCUGGGUAGUGAUCAACAACCCGCCGGAUAUUUCCAAGGCGCCGCCGAACGCGGGCGCGGGUGUGCCGCGUGACCCGUUCAGCAAAAGCGCGCUGGACCCGCUCCUGACCUACACGCGCGGAGUGGAGGUGGAGGGGGAGGACGGCAAGCCCGUGGUUCUCCCCAUCGCUUCCGACCUGAAGCCGCUUGACAAAUAA